GUGCUUCUCCUCAUAUGUCAUAUCGUUCUCUCUCGCUGUAGUCAGCUUAGCUUACCAUGUACUCCCACUCGCAUAUAUAACAAGAGGGCCCUCUCUCUCUCUCUCUCUCUCUCUCUCUCUGCGAGUCUUUGUGUGUGCGUGUGUGUGAAGGUUUUGGGGUGAGAUGGGUUCGGGCAGCAGUCGUUUGGGCUCCCGCCUUUCUCGGUCGCCAGUAAACCGCUGGAAGACGAGAAGGCUCUCCUCGUUGAUUUGCGGUGGCUCCUCUUCUCACGCUUCGGCUGAGAUGGAAGAUCAUCCGGCUGAAUUACUGUCUAGUUCUCAACAAGCUCAUGAUCUGGUUGCUAUUAAUGAAAUCCAAAACUCAAGGAUGGAAUCCUCACCAAUAUUUGAUUCAGUGUCCGAGUGUUCCAGCUCCAAGACUGAAGAUGGAGCAUCAUCUGAAAGCAACAAUAGUCCUGAUGAGAAUGCUUGUCUAGAAUGCAGGUCAAGAAAUGGUGAAAAAUGUAAAAAUACUAAGUACUACUCAAAGAGUAAGGAAUUAGUUCCUUGUCAGGAAAAUGCUGAUACUGGUCCAUUAGAUGUGGCUAGUACCUCAUUUAAAGGGCAGCAACCUAUAGAUGCAGUCUCUAUAAAUCAAGAAUCUAGCUUGGAUUCGCCUGUUGAGAUUAAUAAUUCUACAAGUGAGAAUUGUUCUGAUCCAGAGAAGACAUGUUCAAGUAGUUCCCCUCAUCAUGAACAUGGUGAUUCAUUUGCAAAUGUUACAUCAGCCGUUGAAAAUCGUAUGGGUGAACCUUUGGGUGUCCAGAAUUCUGAUGCAGAUUCUGCUCCUGUUCUUUCGGAUUCACAAGUUACUUUGCGGUCACUAGCAGAUGAUCCAUCUCAUGAGGCAUCAGUCACAGGUUCAGGAUUCGCCAUGUCUGAUAGGCAUCAGGAAAGAAUAAUCGGAAGUGUACUUCAUGUUGAUGUGGUGAGUAUCUCUUCCAACAUCUUAUCUAGUAGCUCUGGGGAUAUUAGUAACCGUGAGGCAAGACGAAACAGUAGAAGAUUGUUUUGGGAUGCAUUUUCCAGACGCAGUUCUAGAAGGCAUAUUGAUUCCCCAACCAUAGUUUUCUCAACUGAAGAUGCUGACGAUCUGGGAUCUCCCGACAGAUGGCUCCUUGACUUCAGUGGCGAUCUUUUUGAAGAUGGGUUUGGAGGUGAAUCAGGAUACCUAGGCAGAAGCCAUGGAAUUUAUGAACGGCGAUGGAACUCAGGAUCUGAGAUCUGGGAAAGACUUCGUGGUGGCUUUGAUGAGAAUGGAAGGCGAACAACUUUUUGUGCAUCUGGACUACAUCCUGAUGGUACAUGUUCAUGUGGAAGUUUCUUAGUGGCUGAAGAGUCUGGUACUCGUGCAAGUAUUUCACGAAUAGUCAUGCUAGCUGAAGCAUUAUUUGAGGUUUUGGAUGAAAUUCACCGCCAACCUGUGCCCCUUUCACUAUCAAUGGUCUCAGUCCCAGCUCCAGAAUCUGUUGUUAAUGCACUUCCUCUUAAGAGUCACAAGAAAGCUAACACAGCAGAGACUGGAGCUGAUGUGGAACAAUGUUAUAUAUGUCUGGCCGAAUACGAGGAAGGGGAUAAAAUAAGAGUCCUUCCCUGCCAUCACGAGUACCAUAUGCCAUGCAUUGAUAAAUGGCUCAAAGAGAUACACGGGGUGUGCCCUCUCUGCCGUGGAGAUGUUUAUGCAUGA